GAAUGGAGAGAGUCAUUUUUACAGGACGUAUGAACUACAUGACCCAUCUUCAACAAGGACUCUGCCUGUCAGACGGAGGCGGCGGCGCCUGUGACGUCAAUUUCGUCUGUUUACUGGGACUUUCCGCACCGACAGACUUGCGAAACGAUACUGCCAUCCAUUAUCCUUACCAAAGGAGGACUAAAUUUUUCUUACUGGGUUCUUUGUAUUCAAUUAUGGCGGCCUAGACACCUUCAAAAGGGAUGUCGGAGAUGGGGGGAGGGGUUUGAGAGUGUAUAUCCCAUGGUCUGUGUGUGUGUGUGUGCAUGCUUGAGACAUUUAUUUAAUUUCUAAUGUUGGUGCACAUAAUCACGUAUUACAUGUUUGUUUGUUUAGAUAAUGUAUUAGACAUGCCUUUGCUAGAUAUACUAGUUAAUAAAGUGUAUACUGAUCCUGGGUGAUCUUACCACAAAGUAAUAUUAUGAUCAUUGAUUUAAGGGUGCAUUUAAAUCAAAUUUUAUUCAAGUAGACCACCCUUUUUACCGCACAGGAUGUGUUUUGUUGGAUGCACAUCCACUGGGGCUGUAACUGAAAGGUUCAGAGGCAGUAUGCUUUACUAGUUACAGCUACAGUGGAUCCAGGUGUAGGCUACAUGGAGAGAACAGGACAUUUGGGGAAAACUAAUGACAAAUGUACCUUUAUCUCCUUAAUACGCUUUUGUAUCUAAUACAGUGUGAUGACAGUGGUUACUGAACUGGUAGUCUUGUUUCUUCUGCACAAAGUUUCACACUCAUCCAAGUGUCACUUUCAGUGUUACGGUCUUGUCACUGUUUCUGUCUUUUGAUUUGAGUUGAUUUUCUGAGUGAGUGUGUCAGUGUGAAAAAGCAAGACCUUGGGUUUUCUCAAACCCCUCUCCCUUUGACAGACAUCUCUUUUGCCUUACAUUUCUAAACUAAAAUUAAAAAAAUGGACACUCUUGUUCAAUUAAAAAACAACCCGUUUUUAAUGGGGCUGUGUCGCAACGGGCCUCCACCUGAUCUGCAAUAUGAUAACUCCUCAGAGCUCUUCCGCAUCUCUACCUUUGCCCGAUUCCCAGCUUCAGGAGUCACAGAGCGAAGUCUGGCAAGAGCAGGUUGGUUCUACACCGGCGUUGGUGACCGAGUGCAGUGUUUCAGGUGUAAUGUGACGGCAGAGGGCUGGCAGGCAGGAGACUGUCCAACAGAGAAACACAGACAGCUCUCUCCAUCCUGCUCCUUCAUCCAAAGCCUCCCGUCUACAGCCAACCUGCUCUCCUCCUCUCACUCAGCCUUCUCUCCGCUCCGCAUUGCUCCAGCCAUACCACUUUCUGGUCCAAGCCAGGGUGAAGAGCCAGGUGGCUACCUAAACAUGGGCUUCUCCGCUCCACCGCCUUCUAGCCCACUCAGCUCUCGUGGUGUAGAGGACAUGUCCCACCAGAGACCAACAUGCCAUAACCCCAGCAUGCGCAGAGAGCAGGACCGCCUUGACUCCUUCCACCCCUGGACGCUCUCCAUCAUAACUCCCGCUGAGCUCGCCAAGGCGGGCUUUUACUACCUGGGCCAGGGCGACCGAGUGGCCUGCUUCAGCUGUGGAGGACAGUUGAGUAAUUGGGAGCCAGGUGACAGAGCCGUAUCCGAGCACCAGAGGCAUUACCCAAACUGUCGUUUCGUGCGGGGCGACAGAGCCGACAACGUGUCCCUGGCCGGAGCUGCAUCCGGAGGAAUAACUUCACAACUGUCUUCAGGAGCCCCGGUCCUCAGUAAUGUGUCCAACCCCUCUAUGCAGCAGAGCGAAGAGAGGCUGCUCACUUUUGUCAACUGGCCGUCUCGUAUCCCUGUCAGACCUGACCAGCUGGCUAAAGCUGGCUUCUACUAUGUCGGUCGAAACGAUGAUGUCAAGUGUUUCUGCUGCGAUGGAGGCCUGCGCUGCUGGGAGUCUGGAGAUGAUCCUUGGGUUGAACAUGCUAAAUGGUUCCCUCGGUGUGAAUAUUUGCUCCAGGAGAAGGGACAAGAGUUUGUUCACCAGAUCCAGGCUCGCUUCCCUCGGCUGUUUGAGCAGCUCCUAACAAAUGGAGACAGCAGCUCCAGAGAGUUUGUGGAUCCACCUGUGGUUCACAUCGGUCCAGGAGAGGAGCGGUCUGAGGAUGCUGUCAUGAUGAACACCCCUGUGAUCAAGUCUGCUUUAGAGAUGGGCUUUGAUCGUAGUUUAGUCAAACAAACGGUCCAGAGCAAGAUCCUGACCAGCGGAGAGAACUACAGAACAGUCCAGGAGCUUGUUUCAGACCUGCUGAGUGCCGAAGACCAGAAGAGGGAGGAGGAGCGAGAAAUGCUGGCGGAGGCGAUGGCGUCAGAUGGUUUUACCUUUGUGAAAAGACACCAGGCGGCAUUGAUUCAGCGUCUGAAAAGUGUGGAACCGGUGUUGGAUCAUUUAAGAGAGCAAAAUGUGUUAACUACAGAGGAGUACAGCGGUCUGAAGGCUCAGACGUCAGCUCAGCAACAAACCGCCAGGCUGAUAGAGCUCGUCCUCACCAAGGGAAAUGCCGCAGCCGAGGUCUUCCGCAACUGGAUCCAGAAAAAUGACGUGCACCUGCUCAGAGAUCUCAUGGCCCAAUCAAAUGAAGCUGCAUCACCAAGCCAAGAUCUUUCAGACCUCCCCAUGGAGGAGCAGCUGCGGCGCCUGCAGGAGGAGCGUACCUGCAAGGUGUGUAUGGACAAAGAGGUCAACAUCGUCUUCAUCCCAUGUGGACACCUGGUGGUGUGCAAAGAGUGUGCACCAUCACUUCGAAAGUGCCCGAUCUGCAGAGGCCUGGUUAAAGGCACGGUCCGGACCUUCCUGUCAUAACCAGCAGUCUCGUGUGUCACAACCAUGCGAUUGAAUGUAAGCAAUAUAAUGCAUAAAUUUAUAUUUAUUGGAAUGCACAGGGAUGUUGUUCUGCAUCUUUUUUGCCACUGACUUCUUUGUCCAUAUUAAUUCUAAGAGACAAACAAGAUGUUGCCAUGUUUCUACAUUUAUCUAAAUAACCAGAUAAAGCUGACCCACAUAACCUUAUCUGAUAGAGAUGUAACAAUAUAACAAGUAAUAGUCUUAACUUUAAUAUCUGAUAAUCCAACAGUUCUGCUGGGUUUUCUGCGUAGGCCUGAGGGAUAUUUUUCAAACCAGUGUCAUGCUUUUAAUUGGUAUAUUUCCAAAUUACUGGUUGAUAUCACAAUAUGGAAAAAAGCUUGUUCGCCACUGCUAAUCAUUACAUCUUUUUUUUUUUUUUUAUUAUUAUUAUUUAUGUACAACAUUAUAUUAUAAUAACAGUGAUUCAGCCUUAAGUAUAUUGAGUAAUGGCAAUAACUGUUGUAAAUCACUCAUUAUACAGUCAUAAUGGGAGCUAAGCUACAGAGGUCUGAUUAAUCCUGUAAUACUGCACUCAUCAUUAAAGGGAAAAUUUCAAAUGAGUCAAGAAUAGAUUGUAGUUAAAAGUACACCCAGUGCUUACUAGAUUGCAAAAAAACCCACCUAUUUAAAUCAUCUUUCUGAAAAACUCAGCUUUAUUACACCAACUUUGUAUCAACUUUAUAAACCAAUGUAUCUGUGCUGUAGGGUUUCUGUCUUGUGAAUUUGCUUUGAAAUUUUUUAUCACAUAUGAGCCCCUUUACCAAGCAACACAAUAUAAAUGUAAAGUAUUAUCUCAAUUUCUGUAUGAAAAACAAACAAAACUUAUUCAGUGAUAAUGACACCCAGCUGAACUGACUUGUAUUACUGUGUACCUACAUCUCCAAUGUAACAACAGUGCUCGUAUUCCAAAAUUUAAAUAAUAAAUGGAUAUUUUCUGUUCUGCAAAAUCUAACAGGUACUACUCUGUCUAUUGAGUAAAUCUGGAGAUACUAGACCUGUAUUUUCCUUAAGCUUUCAUACGAUAUAUUGGUAGCAUUGACAGCUAUCAGUGAAGUGGUCUGCACUUUAUGUUAUGUAUUCAGUAAAUGUAGGAACAGCAUUAAUAAACUUGAAAGUUGGUACCA